AUGUCUACUGAAGCUCAGCUCGAUUUUGCCAAAGCAGAAUGGCUAUUUGCUGCCAAACAAGCCCGUGCCGUGAAGGAGCUCUCCAAAAAGUAUUACGACUAUGAAAGAGAAGCCGGAAUUGUUGACAAGGAAACCUUUGACCAAUGGGUCAUAAACAAUAGCCCUGGAUUCGUUAAUGCUUACCAGGAAUUCCAGACCAAGUCGGCUCGAUACCAAGCGAUUUUCCAUGAUCAUGACAAGGAGAAAGCAGAAGCCUGGCAGCAGGAAUACGCAAGUAAAUGGGCUGAGAAAUAUAAUGGCCCUGGGCAAGAAAACCAAUCCAAUUAUCUCAUUAUUACUCCUGAGUUUUAG